GGCGAUGCCGCUAACUCGCUGACCGAGGGAACACUGGUCGGCAGCCGUGGCGGUGACUCGGAGGUGGCAACCCUCGACGUCUGCGAGAUAGCCGCCGGCCGCCGCUCGGACGAAGGCCGGCGGUUGUGGUCACUGGUGAUAUCGAUCAGCUCCUCUAUGCGGAACAUUGCGUCGUGCAAAUCUCUGACAAUAUAUCAGAAGAAUCUGACCUGA